ACAAUCACCGGUACUUUAGAAAAUUGUGGUACCGGGUGUUCAAGUUAUGAAAACUGUCGGACAUUGUAGAUAAUUAUCUAAUUUAUUUUUGAAAUACUGCUUGGUUUAUCAAUGUCGCUUAUGCACUGGCUUACUGAGUAUCGUAUUGAGUCAAACUAAUGGAUAAUGAGUUUUUAAAAAUGAAUUCAGAAGAAGUCCACAAACCCGGAACCAGUAGAAUAUUUAAAAAGUCUACACCAAAUGGAAAGUUGACAAUCUACCUAGGGAAAAGAGACUUUAUGGACCAUUUAACUCACGUGGAUCCCAUAGAGGGUGUUGUAUUAGUGGAUCCGGACUAUGUCAAACAUAGAAAGGUAUUUGUACAUCUUUUGGGUGCGUUCUGGUAUGGCCGGGAUGAAGUCGAUUUGCUUGGACUGAAUUACCAUAAAGAUCUUUGUCUGAUGACUAAACAAGUGUAUCCACCAUUUGGCUCCAAGGUGUUGAAGUCUCAUAUACCAGUUCUUUUAUCUGAAAAUGGAAACGCUACUGAGCUGUCAUCAAAUUUACUAAACAAGUUCACUGAACCUCCGGGACGCACUCGAUUACAGGAACGUCUAAUUCGAAAACUUGGUUCAAAUGCUUUUCCUUUUUACUUCCAGCUUCCGGCUUAUUCACCUGCCUCUGUGUCCAUACUAUUGAACCCGUCUGAUCGUGGAAAACGUUGUCGAGUUGAAUAUGAAUUAAAGGUGUAUGUAGCUGAUGAUCAGGAUGAUAAGCCACAAAAAAGGAAUUCCGUGCGUAUGGCCGUUCGUAAAUUGACAUAUGCACCUAAUGAACCAGGUCAACAACCGUCAGCUGAAUUAUCACGAGAUUUUCUUAUGAGCGUAGGUAGUCUUCGAGUAGAAGCUACUUUAGAUAAAAACAAAUACUUCCAUGGAGAGAAAAUUUUUGUCAAUUUACUUGUGGAUAAUAAUUCAAAUAAAACAAUUAAACGUGUUAAACUGUCAGUUCGACAGUAUACGCAAGUUUAUGUGCAAAGCCCUAUUCACUUCAAAUGUUCGGUUGACGAGAUUCAGUCGGAAGAACGCUUUCCUAUUCUACCUAGUCAAACUGGCUGGUGCAAAGUUUAUCGACUGUGUCCAACGUUAGCCUAUAAUCGAGAUAAAACUGGUGUUGCAAUGGAUGGGGAUUUAAAACAAGAAGAUACUAAUCUAGCAUCUUCCACAAUUACACCUCUUAAUUCAACUAAUCGAGAAUUAGUUGGAAUUAUUGUACAGUACAAAGUGAAAAUACGAUUAGUCCUUGGAUUUGGUAUCAGUGAUGUUUGUUUGGAGCUGCCGUUCAUUUUAACACAUCCAAAUCCAGAUUCCUCUAACAUGAAUGGCGAUAGACAAGAUGAUGAACUUAUUUCAUCAAUCACAAGUGAACCAUCAUUAAUUGAAAAAACACCAAAUAAAGGAAAUUCAUUAAAUUUGGGAAAUGCUAAAGUCAAUCCAGGUACAUCGGAAAUCAGACAAUCAAAUGCUCUUAUGAAUAUAACUCCAUUAAGUUUACAAAAUACUACUGUUCCACAAAUUAAUCCAAUUUCCCUGAAUUCUCAACAAAAUAAUUCCAACGAUCCUAAACAUAGUGAUGCAAAUCGUCGUAUGAAUGAUUCAACCCAGUCACCACAAUUUGUAAACAAAGCCGUUUGUUCCUAUUCACCACCUGUAUGGGAUCGUAAUUUUCAUUUACUUUUCUCCGGUUUGCGACCAUCAGCUCGACGCCCAUCUACUGUUGGCACACAGUCUACCUUAAGUGAAGAUGAUUUAUUAUUUGAAGAUUUUGCUCGCUUUCGUCUACAAUCUUAAUCUAUUCAAUCGAUAUAUUAUGAUAUUCUUCAAUGAAGAUACUUCUAUAUUAUAGUACAUUCAUCUACCUAUCUUAAUGUUGGCCUAAUUUAUUUCGCAAUCUUUUGUCAUCAUUUCUACCUCCCAUUGUUUACUUUUUAUUGGUUUUUAUUAUUUAAUAUUCCCUUUUUAGAUUUUUAUUUUAUUUUAAAUUGACAUUUGUGUUUUACUAAGUGCACAUUACUUAUUUGUUUAUUUGGAUACAUCUUCAUCUUUGUUUUUUUCUCCUAUUCGUUCUUUUGUUCCAUAGUUCACGACUGGAAUAGCACAUACAAUGUGAAUUAAAUUGUAAAUUGCCUAUUAAGCAGUUAGAUUAUACUGAUUUUGUUUGUCUCCAUAAAAUCGUUUUUCUUUUUUCAUAUAUAAAACAAUUAAACAAAAUGAUAACAUUGAUAUUCGUACUUCUGCACCAAAAGAUUAUCAUCAUUAAUUAUAUUUAUUCUUCUUAUAUUAUUCAAUAUUAUUAGUACUAAUAUUGUUAUCAUUAUUUUUACGCUUAUGUUACUUAGAGCUAUUUUUUACUUCUCUGCCGUAAAAGUUCCAAUUACCUCAAAUAAUUUUUAGCAUGUAGGUUUUUAUUCUCUUUUUUCAUGUAUAUAUAUUUGUGUAGCUUUUUAUGUAGUCUACUAUCCGUGUAGUAUUACAUGUAUCGGUGUAUGUUUAGUAUAUAAACAUGAAACAGUUUCACUUCCUUGAUUAUAAAGUAAUAAAGCCAUUAAAACUCUGCCUUUUUCUACUGAUAAGCAAUAAUGAGAGAUUUUUGUGAAGUGAUAUCAUUGUAAUUUAAUAUAAACCUUAAAUACUUAUACUAAUGUUUGGUUUCGUUUGUGUACGAAAUGAUUUAUCAUCUUGAGAGGAGAUUGCAUUGUUUCAUUCACAUAUGAAAACAAUAUUUGGCAUUUUCGUCAAUAUUUAUGUAACAUGGAAUGGAAUUGUCUGUGAAUGGUCGACAAGAUAAUAGUCAAUAAUUUUAAACAUCAGCAUCAGCAAUUCGUUACAAUAAAUGGUUAUUAAGUUCGUUUCUUGUUUCUUUUGUCAUACUUUCAUGUAUUUACAUUUGAUAAUCUUUAUAUUUUACUCUUACUGUUUAGGUGUUUAUUGAACUUAAUUUUAUUUAAUUGUCUCGAUAUGUGCUUGUAAAAUAACUGUGUAUGUUCAAAGUAAACUAUUGUAAUCCUGUGUAUAUCUUUCGUAUAUCUCGGUUGAUCAACAAAAAAACACCUAGUUUUUUAAUGUAUGUUUUCUAAUUCUUUGUUUUACACUAUUGGUUUUUUCUGAAAAGAGAAAACUUUCAUCAUGACCAUAUAUGUUACCAUAUAUUUUGAAUGUACUCUCUAUUUCGUGUUAAGAUAUUGAAUGUAAUUAAUUUAAGAUAAUGUAAAUUAAAUGAUUAAUUGAUCAUUUUAUUUUGAUGGAAUAUUCUGUUCUUUUUGUUUUCUCUCUUUCUCUCUUUCUACUAUGAUCAUCAGCAAUGCAUUUAAUUUUUGAAGUUUUUUCUAAUUACUCUCAUUCAUGUUUUAUUUAUAAAAGUUGUGUUGUUUACUUUCUACACGAUAAUAACAUUUGCAUAUCGUGGAUAUAAAUAAAUACAAGCAAAUAAGAAAAUUAAACAACAUGAAGGUGUUCUUAAAUCAACCUCUUUAUUGUUUGUCUAUGUUGCAUUUUCUCGUAUUUCUCAUUUUGUUUAUACUUUUUCUUCUAUCUUGUUAUAUAAUUGUUCUGUUAUAUUGUUCAUCUUUCCUUUUUUUAUAUUUUUAUUGCAACAUGCAUAUAUUAAUUAACCUUAAAUGAAAUAGACGCACAAUUUCUGUUAAAUUUAUUACUAGGGAAUAUAUUUAUGUAUAAGUUUAAAGUAAAUUAUUAUGAUUCACUAAUAAAUUUUUGUUUAAAGUUGAUUAGUUUUGUAAUUUAAUAAAACUGAUUAGAAUAACGCUAACUAUUGAAAGUGAUUAGAAAUAAAUGGGUUAUGUGAC